AUGGGGCAAUGGUGUCCAAGCGAAACGAUCGCGAAAGAUGUAACAGAAUUGAUUGGCAGGACUCCGCUGGUGUACCUGAACAAGGUAGUAACCGGAUGCGAGGCUCGGGUCGCUGCGAAGCUUGAGAUCAUGGGGCCAUGCUCCAGUAUCAAGGAUAGGAUUGGUUACAGCAUGAUCGCCGACGCAGAAGAGAAGGGUCUCAUAACUCCAGGAAAGAGUGUUUUGAUCGAGCCUACGGGCGGCAACACCGGCAUCGGGCUGGCCUUCAUGGCGGCCGCCAAGGGGUACAAGCUGAUCGUGACGAUGCCGUCGUCGGUGAGCACGGAGAGAAGGACGGUGCUCAAGGCGUUCGGCGCGGAGGUGGUGCUCACCGACCCGCUCCGUGCCAUGGACGACGUUGUGCGGCGGGCGGAGGAGAUCGCCGCCAAGACGCCCAACUCCUACGUCCUCCAGCAGUUCGAGAACCCUGCAAAUACGAAGGUGCAUUACGAGACGACGGGGCCGGAGAUCUGGAGCGGGACUGCCGGCGCAGUGGAUAUCCUGGUGGCCGGCAUAGGGACCGGGGGCACCAUUACGGGGGCAGGGAAGUACCUCAAAGAGAUGAACCCUGAAAUCCAGAUCUAUGGCGUGGAGCCGUCAGAGUGCGCCGUUUUGUCCGGAGGGAAACCUGGCCCGCACAAAAUCCAAGGUCUCGGGGCCGGUUUCGUCCCUGGAGUCUUGGACGUAAGCAUUCUAGAUGAAGUCUUCCAAAUCACGAACGAGGAAGCCGCGAGCAUGGCGAGGCAGAUCGCGCUGAAGGAAGGGCUUCUUGUCGGGAUGUCAUCAGGCGCGACCGCGGCUGCUGCCAUCAGGGUGGCGCGGAGGGUCGAGAACAGAGGCAAACUCAUCGUCGUUGUGUUCGCCAGCUGCGGAGAGCGCUACCUCUCGUCGUUUCUCUUCGAGUCCAUCAAAAAGGAGGCGGAAAAUAUGGUGUUGGAGCCAUGA